AUGUUUUUGCCAGCCGCGACUGGGUCGUGGGGCUCGAAUCGCUUUGGACCUGCUGAUGAGACCAGUUCAGACGAGGUCAAGCCUGAAGCCCAAACUGAGGUACAGAGUUUAGUGUUGGAGUUAGUCUGGCUCAUGUGCAUCUUCUCAACUGAUGGGCGGUCAGAUUCGCUGUUUGCUCGGCCGCCCUUGCUGACACUUCCUCCACAACGGACAGGACAUGUAGCCUUGCCCGAGGUCAUGUUUUUGGCCGACACCUCGGGCGGACUCGUCCUGUCCAAGGCCGAUAUGUCAAACCGGAUUUCCACCUCAUCUAACCUGACCGUUGUCCAUGGCGACAGAUCGAAUAGGCAAAAGGACAUGGACAUAUGCCUGUGUAUAAAUGAAAUGCAAAUCAAAAACGGCGUCUACUUGGAGGGUUUUAUGCUAUUUUCUUGGACAGGAGUUGAACUUUGCGACGUGUCGACCAUCAUGGACGUGCUCUGUUGCACAGCCUCCAUCCUCCACCUGGUCGCCAUCGCAAUUGACCGCUAUUGGGCCGUGACGAGCGUCGACUACAUUCGUCGUCGGACCGCCAGUCCGAUCCUCUUCAUGAUCGCCGUUGUCUGGAUCGUCUCGACGGCCAUUUCGGUUCCGUCGCGUUUCCACCCCGGCCGGAGUGUCGACGAAGUGGAACAGUUGGUGCUUGUCAACGGCACGUGCAUAAUCAACCCAAACGGUGUGUUCACCAUUUUCUCCACAGUCGGUGCCUUUUUCCUGCCAAUGUGCUUCCUCAUCGGCAUCUACUUCAAGAUCUACCAAGCCGCCAGUUCGCGCAUUCGCAAGAAGAAGUUCCAAGCCAAGUUGGACACCAACCACAAGGUCAAGCCGACCUACCCUCGGCCGAUGCCAGUCGGCAUGACGUCGAGUUCGGCGACGUCGAAAGAGACGUCAACUCGGACAGACGGACAAAACGGCGGCCACGAGACGGCCGCAACCACGCCCAACUCCGUCGCCAACCGGUCGGCCUCCAACUCGCCCGGCCGCCGCCUCCAACAGACCGUCCAAACUGUACCGGCCGCGGUCGCCGCGCAGCCGGUCAGACGCCACCCACUCAGCCGGGCAGAACGUCGACUGCGGCGCCAGUACUUCUACCCUCCCUAUCUGUCCUCAGAGUCGACGUCGAUGUCAAAGUCGACGUCGACGUCGACGUCGACGUCGACAUCGUCGCCCUCGCCCUCGAGCAGGUCGGACCUUCUCUGCCCCGAAAUCGGCUCGACCGAAGUGGCGCCCGCAACCAAACUCGCCUCCACCCCCCUCCCCAAUCGGUACCAUUUGCCCCUCUCCUCCUCCUCGCCCUCGUCGCCUUGCUCAUCUUCCUGUUGCUCCGCGUCGGCCGGCCGGGCGGCGUGUUACGACCAACUGUCAGUCAGUCCCGUCGUCGCCGGCGCCGACGCGGCCAUGCAGAGUCCGCAAAUGCCGACCGAGGGCGAGGAGACCGUGACCUCGGGCUCCGUGGAGACGAGUCGACGCACGGUCUCCGGGUCGGCCAGUCCCGGCGACGGCCGGUCGACGCAAGCCUGCGCCCCAUUGGCCUAUCCCCAGUCGCCACGAGUCCCGCUCCUCGGCGCCGAAGAGGCGAGAACACGCGCUCCGGACGUCGACGUCGACGUCAACGUCAACGGCGACGUAGACGUAGACGUUGGCCUCGGCGACGACUGGCCGGACGCCGACUCGGUGGAC